AUGUCAUCCAACGUUGCCUUGAACGUGAAGCUUCAUUCCCCUGAUGACUGGGACCAUUGGGAGAACGAGCUUCUCAAUCAGGCAAGAGCCAAGGAUGUUAUCAGAAUCUUGCAAGGAACUGAGGAACCCCUCAAGAAGCCUACAAAUCUUCUAAAUGAUGACUUCUUGACGGCUCCGGUAGCCCCAACAAACCCAACCGGUGUGAAUCGUAUUGGUGCUGCAGCCUCAGCUGGAAGACGGCACCGUAACAAUACGGCAAUCCAAGGCGAGGAUACUCAGCCUACUCCAACUCCAGAUUCGCAGGAGACCGUCCAAGCAGAAACCAUGAACAGGAGUACUCAUGCUGACGGAGAGUUGGACAGAGCUAUAAAAAUGUUCAAUGUUCGCCUCAAUCUAUACAAGCAACGUUACUUUGAAUGGAGCGAACAGAAGAAGGCAAUCGAACAAAUCUUCAUCUGGAUGAAGCAGACCGUGAGCCCAAGUUAUCAUAAAACUUGUAUAGCGGUCACUGCCAACUGGAAGGAAGCUUAUAUCAAUCUUAAGGAACAAGUCAAUCAAGGAAGAUAUAUCUCUCAGAGGCGUAUCAAGGACGAAUAUGAUCAACACUUAAGAUCUCUGAAACCCUCCACUAGAGAUCUUGAAGCGUGGAUCAUCAAAUGGGAGGAAUUACUCCUUGAAGCUGAAAGAAAGUCUAUGGUGAUUGCAGAUGAUGUCCUAGACUGGUCAACGCGAUUCCUUGAUGCUAUUCGCCCACUAGAUGACGCAUGGACUACAGCAUAUGAGAUCACUAUUGAAGAGAAGAUCGAGGACGGCACUCUUACUAGAAGAGAACUAGCGAAUGCCUUCCGACGCAAUCUUCGUAAAAUCCGGAAUCGACGACCGUCUCGUGUAUAUAGAGGAUCGUUUGCGGUUCAGGAAGAAAGGAUGGAUGAUGACUCCGAUGAGGAGAGCUACCAUUAUGGUCGACAACUAAGCCGUUCACUGGAACGUAAGCGAGGACGCACUCGCUCACGAUCUCGCUCCAUUGGACCUCCUCGCAAGAAGAAGAACCAAGGUCCGGAGCAGUAUCAGACAACCAGACCAGUGUGUGAAGCAUGCGAAGGGUGGCAUCUUCUUCGAUUCUGUUAUUAUCUAUUUGAAAAUCUUGCUCCGGAAGAGUUUAUCCCAAGAUGGGGCCCUCGCAUGAGAGCAAAGAAAUUCGCAGAAGAUCACCCUGACCUGGUUAAAAAGAUAAAGAAGAUGCACCUUGAAGAAGAUGCUUCAAACGCACAAGUACGAUCUCGCUCUCGAAGCAAGUCUCGGGAACGACAAGAGUCAGCCUCACAAAAGACUCAAGAUGACAAGACCAUUGAAGGGAGUCGAGAAUGA